UUAGUCAGCUAAGCUCUUAAGAUAAAGAUUAUGAGAGCCAAAUUUCUGCUGCUUUUGCAGUUUUUGUUGUGCACUGGCAACCGUGAAUAAGUGUUCUCCAUCUAGGUGCUCAGUAGCCACAUGUGUCAGGGUCAUCUUAACUAUUUCAUAAACUAAACCUGCACCAGAGACAAGCAUCAGCUUCUGAGGAGUCUCUGCUCUACCUGGCAGGAGACACAUGGAUGCCUUCGAGGGAAUCCACUCCGUCCACAUUUCCUCGUCCCCACCGUCCUCAGCUUCACUGAGCCGGGGCUAUGAACUCAUCAAGGCCGGGAGGUCUGGGAUUGCUGUGUACUCCUCUCCAGUAUUCUUUGGGACACCUGAGUUGGACAAAGGGGAGCGCUGCGCCGUGGGACAGCUGGUAGAUCUGGAUCCGGCCCCAGAGUCCAGGGUGGAGGGAGGAGGCCAGGGCGGGCCCCCUUCGGGCAGACCCAAUGGCGAGCUCGCCAGGCUCCGCAGCUCCUCGCUGGAGAUCAGAGAGAAAGAAAUCAGAGAAAAAGGCUCGGAGAUCCUGAGGGACCAGCUGGAUGCUGCAAAGAAGGAGCUGAAACUAAAGGACAAGGAAUGUGAGCGCCUGUCUCGGGUCAGGACUCAGCUGGAGCAGGAGCUGGAAGAGCUGACGGCCAGCCUGUUUGAAGAAGCUCACAAGAUGGUGCGAGAGGCUAACGUGAAACAAGCCGGAGCAGAGAAAAUGCUGAAGGAGGCUCAAGGGAAGAUCGACGUUCUUCAAGCCGAGGUGACGGCGCUCAAGACUCUGGUGUUGACCUCCACGCCGUCGUCGCCUAAUCGCCAGCUGCACCCCCAGCUGCAGUCUUCAGGCACCAGGGGAGCGCACAAACACGUGGGCGGGCACAUCCGCAACAAGAGCGCCAGCGGAGCGUUCCCCACCGCUGGGAAGCCCGAACCUCCUCCGGUUGCCGUUCAGGCCGCAGCUAAAGAAGACCGGGAGAUGGACUCCAUCCUGUUUGCAGAGUUCCUGAUGUGGCGGGAACACCCGAGUCUGGACAGGUCGUCCGCCUUCCUGGGCCGCGUUUACAGAGAAGACAUCGGCCCCUGCCUGUCCUUCACCAGAUCAGAGCUGUCCCAGCUGGUCCAGAGAGCCGUGGAGAACAACUCUCUGACUAUUGAACCCGUGGCCAUGUCAGCGCUGCCGAUGGUCAAAGCCACGGCCGUGGAGUGUGGAGGCCCCAAUGGCUUUAGAGCUGCAGUAGAAACGAAAUGUGCGUUGAGCGGCCUGUCGCGGCUCUGCCGUCAUCGCAUCAAACUGGGCGACAAGGGGAACUACUACUACAUCUCUCCCUCCAGCAGAGCGCGGAUCACAGCUGUAUGCAAUUUUUUUACUUAUAUCCGGUACAUCCAGCAGGGCCUGGUGAGGAAUGAUGCGGAGCAGAUGUUCUGGGAGGUGGUGCGUCUUCGCAGGGAGAUGUCUGUGGCCAAGUUGGGUUUCUACCUCACGGACCAGGGCUAGAGGACCCCAUGGGCAAUGCAACGCCCUCAGCGGACUCUGAUUACACAAGUCUGGGGUAACUGGGAAAUGCAGUAAGAAAAUCAAACGAUAAGUGCAGGAAAAAAAAAAAAAAGUGUUAAUGGGGAAAAUAUGAGCUCAGCAAUGGUGUUAAUCCACCUGCAGCCUGCUGUCCUCCAGGAACGGCCUUUAUUUUAACUGUUAAACUGAAAGCUAACGCAGCGGCUCAUGCUGGAGGCGUCGACGCGUCCAACUACUAUUCAAACAAGCUCUGAGUGAAAGCGGUUUAUGGAGUUCAGCUGGUCUCUUACCUCAAGUGUUGGAACUAUAUUUCUGUUUUCCCACAUGGCGAUGGUUGUUUUUGUUUUUGUUUGUUACUAUUACAGCGCCCACCGACACCCAACUGCACCCAGGCACCGGCCUCAACAUCAAGUCUUUUAGUUUGGCUUAUGUGUUUCUGCACUUCCUGCUCUGCUUUGUAACCAAUCAGAUGACCACACCACAGCACUCACAACAGAGAUUUACAAAGAAAAAAAAAAAGCUUUAUUAGACGUAAUUUCAAUGUUUCCAAUGUAGUUUACGUCAGCGAUGAACAGCCAUAUUACAAAGAGAUUACCUCAUAGUUUAGAUUUGGGAAUCAUCCAUUUUUACAGAAAUCUCGCUGGUAAACAUGAAGAAUUGUUAGUGCAAUAAAUGCUUGUUUGGUAUGUUCUGGGUUUGAGGUCCACGGCCUCGGUGUGAUGAUGAUUACCUGCGUAAACACUCCAUUAAACUCCAGGCUUCGUGGCCUGACCAUGA